GCGGCCGGAGGGGCGGGUUCGCGGGCUGAGGGAGUGUAAAGCUGCUCGCGGCUCGCUCGGCGGCGCAAGAUGGCGGACAUCUCCCUGGACGAGCUCAUCCGGAAGCGCGGGGCUGCGGCCAAGGCGCGGCUCAAUGCCAGACCAGGAGUUGGAGGUGUCCGAUCUCGUGUUGGGAUCCAGCAGAGCCUUCUCAGCCAGCCAGCACGCACAGCCACCUUCCAGCAGAGAUUUGAUGCCCGGCAGAAGAUUGGCCUCUCAGACGCCCGGCUCAAGCUGGGCGUCAAGGAUGCCCGGGAAAAGCUUUUGCAGAAAGACGCCCGGUUCCGGAUCAAAGGGAAAGUGCAGGAUGCCAGAGAGAUGCUGAACUCUCGCAAGCAGCAGAGCACGGCACCCCAGAAGCCCCGCCAGGUGGCCGAUGCCAGAGAGAAGAUCAGCUUGAAGCGGAAUUCCCCUGCUGCCUUCAUGAGCCCACCCAUCGGAACAGUGACCCCUGCUCUGAAGCUCACUAAAACCAUCCAGGUUCCUCAGCAGAAGGCCAUGGCACCACUUCAUGCCCAUCCUGCUGGAAUGAAGAUCAAUGUCAUCAAUAACCACCAGGCCAAACAGAAUUUAUACGACCUAGAUGAAGAUGAAGACGUAGCUCCCAUUCCUAGUAAACAGAUGAAAUUCACAGCCUCAGGCAGCUUUCUCCACCACGUGGCCGGGCUGAGCAGUUCCAAGCUUUCCACAUCCAAGGCCCUCCCUCUCACCAAAGUGGUUCAGAAUGAUGCCUACACAGCUCCUGCUCUCCCCUCUUCUGUUCGAACAAAAGCUCUGACCAACAUGUCCCGGACACUAGUGAACAAGGAGGAGCCCCCCAAAGAGCUGCCGCCUGCUGAGCAGCCUGUCCUCAGCCCUUUGGAAGGCACCAAGAUGACCGUGAAUAAUCUGCACCCUCGAGUCACCGAGGAGGACAUUGUUGAGCUUUUCUGUGUGUGUGGAGCCCUCAAGCGGGCUCGGCUGGUCCAUCCUGGGGUAGCAGAGGUGGUCUUUGUGAAGAAGGAUGAUGCUAUCACUGCAUAUAAGAAAUAUAACAACCGGUGUCUGGAUGGGCAACCAAUGAAGUGCAACCUUCACAUGAAUGGAAACGUUAUCACCUCAGACCAGCCCAUCUUGCUACGGCUGAGUGAUAGCCCCUCCGUGAAAAAGGAGAGUGAGCUGCCUCGCAGGGUGAAUUCUGCCACCUCGUCCAACCCUCCUGCCGAAGUGGACCCUGACACCAUCCUGAAGGCUCUCUUCAAGUCCUCAGGGGCCUCUGUGACCACACAGCCCACAGAAUUCAAAAUCAAACUUUGAGCGGGGGAGUGAGGCAGCCAGAAGCGGGGGGCAGAGGAGGGUGGCUCUGUUUCCCGAAGCAAAGCUUGUGACCAAUGGGCCAUUGGACUGGAGGCCCCUGAGCGUGGGAGGGGUCGCCGGGGGUAGAGAGCUUCCUCACUGGACAGGACCCACCUUUCCGUGUUGUCUUCUGCCCUGUGCUCUUUUGUACGUUAACAUUCCCCGUAGUAUGUUUCUUCUCCUCCACCUCAUCGCCAAGGUAGGCUUGUGUUGCUCAGAGUGUCUCUCCCCCUAACCUCAGCCCCAAACUGAUUUCUUGUCUGGAAAUGGUGCCCUAAAUUCUCUGGGUGGCUUUCGUGUGGCCCCAUGGAAUGCAGGGCAGGGGCUGUUUGAAGGACACUGCUUUUUCCAGGGGUGAGGGGUUGCCUCCCCUUUCUCUUUUUUAAACUUUUCCAACAAAGCGGGCAAUGGAAGCCCCUGCCAUCCUAAUAGGAGCCAGGUCAGCUCGGGAGCUGUGCCACUCACCCACCUGGUCCAUGGAGAUGGCCUGGGUGGGGAUCAGGCCACAGGCCUCUUGUCCUCUCACCACGAUUGGCUCUGGACCAGUCUGGUAUGGAGAGGGCCCUGCAGCAAGGCCCUGCUCAGAAGAGGGUACCCCCAGCCUUUGCCUUGGAGGCCUGUGCCAUCGCAGGCAACCCAGAGUAAAUUCUCAAGUUGACAUUUCCCUUUUCCCUUGGGUUAUGGUGAGUGUCCCACCCAACAGGCUUGGCCUUCUGGGUAUCACCUUGAGAGGGGCCUGCAUUGUUAGCUCUUCCGGUUCUCACUGGCACGGCGCUCAUCUCACCCUGGUUUUGGCACAAAUGCCAGCUCUCUGCUAGUUGGGUUUUUCAGAGUUUGCCUCUUGUUUUGUGACACUGUGGGUUUGGGGGGGUCUUUGAAUGGGAGAUAUUGGCUUGCUCCUGGCUCUUGCUUUCUGGCCUCAGGUGUCUACAGGACACUAGUCAGGGAUGCUGAGAGGCACGUAUCCAGCUGUCACCGAGAGGCACUGUCUUUGCUAUUGUGAGACCCAUCCGUCCGUGACCAGAGGGAUAUUUUCUUGCCUUGCUGGGGGGGAGAGGAGUGGUGCGUGGUGGGAGGAAAUUGAGAAAGCAGAGCAGCCCUUCCAGGCAAGCUGGUGGGUUGUUCCUUUAGCAUGGUUCCAGGCAUUUGGGGCAAAACUGUAGAACCCAGGGGCAGCUCCUGAAUACCAGGAGACUGUUGCUCUGGUGUCCUUCUCAGUCUCCUGCUGGUUUUCUGGGACUGUAAAGGGAAUCCAGGCUGGCAGAGCUGGAGCGAGGUGGGGAGCAGGAUUCUGGGAGCACUACAAAUCAGUAGGAGGUGCUGUGAAGGGCACAAGCCUAGGAAGUAUAGGGGACCCGAGACACUAAAUGCCUCUCCUGACCUGUAUGGGGCCAGCCCAGAGACGAAAAACCUGGAAACUCAUGUUUCCACAGAGUUAAAUCUGUCAAGCAGUAAGGACCAGAGUUUGAACCCAGCUCAGUCCUCCAGCUCUGAGGUUGCCCAGGCCUGGGAAGUCCAAGGAAUGUGACUCAUGGUGCUCCACUUUCCAGUUUUUUGUUUUGUUUUUUUUUAAGAAUGCUGCUUCUGUUCUCUUUCUCCUCCUUUGAACGGGUGCAAACUUCUCUUCAGCAGCUGGAAGACAUUACUCCUACACUUUCCGUUCUCGGCCUAAGGGAGCACCCACAAGGCAGUAGGAGCUGGUUUCUCAGGUACUGGGGACAGUUGAAGCACUGCUUGGACUCGGCUUUGAGUAGGGUUGGUAAAUAUCCUGCCUGCAUGGCUUUACCCUCCCCUCCUCCCUCCAGUCCCAGCCAGGCUGCUCUGGUUAUCACCGAGUUUCAUUGAGCCCAGCUGCAGCCGCCUGGCUGUCUGGACCCUGUCCUCUGGAUAACCGUAUGGUACAUUGCAGGGUGGAAGCUUUUGGCCUUCUCUGCUCUGUAGGCUGUCGUUGUGGGAAACAGGGAAGAGAAGGUGGUGGGCCAGUCCUUGUGUCCCUCUCCACCUGCCACUCCCCUACAUCUCCCGUCUGUGUCUCUUUUGUCCAAAAGGAGAGGAAGAGGCGUUAAGGGAUGGAGGAGACUGUGUUACUUAUCCAUUUCUGAAUAAACGUUUGUUAUUCCUA